AUGUUAAAAUUCAAAGUUAAUUCGCUGAGGCAAGUAUGGCCCUAUAAACGGCUCGAAUACUUCCUACGAUAUAAUCAUACGGCUACUUCUGCACAGAAUUUGCAAGCACGAAUCGAACAAAUUCCGAUCGAAAAUUACAGAAACUUUUCCAUAGUUGCCCAUGUUGAUCAUGGUAAGUCGACAUUGAGUGACAGGUUGUUGGAAAUAACGCAUGUCAUUGAUCCAAAUGCAAGAAAUAAGCAAGUUCUAGAUAAAUUAGAAGUGGAAAGAGAAAGAGGUAUUACUAUAAAAGCACAAACAUGUUCAAUGUUUUAUAACGACAAGAAGUCUGGAGAAGACUAUCUUUUACAUUUAAUUGACACGCCAGGACAUGUGGAUUUUAGAGGGGAAGUUUCAAGGUCGUACGCAUCUUGCGGGGGUGCAAUUCUCUUAGUCGAUGCCUCACAGGGUAUUCAAGCCCAAACAGUCGCUAAUUUCUAUUUAGCCUUCAGUUUAGGAUUGAAGUUGAUUCCGGUGAUAAAUAAAAUUGACCUUAGCCUUACAGACGUAAGACAGGUAAAAGAUCAAAUAGUAGAUAACUUUGAGCUCCCGGAACAAGAUAUAAUCGGGGUCAGUGCAAAAACAGGCUUAAACGUAAAAGAACUUCUACUCCCCGCUAUAAUUGAUCGCAUACCACCACCAACUGGAAGACUUGAUAGACCUUUCAGGGCAUUGCUGGUAGAUUCUUGGUAUGAUGCAUACUUAGGUGCAGUUCUUUUAGUGAAUAUCGUUGACGGUUUUGUGCGCAAGAAUGACGGAGUUAUUUGUGCUCAGACAAAGGAGAAAUACGACGUUAAAGAUAUCGGAAUCAUGUAUCCUGAUCGGACUUCUACAGGUUCUCUAAAAGCAGGACAGGUUGGCUAUUUAGUGCUGGGGAUGAAGGAUUCUAAAGAAGCUAAAGUUGGGGACACUAUUAUGCAUUUAGGCAAAGAAAAUGAAACCGAAGUACUUCCCGGCUUUGAAGAACAGAAACCUAUGGUGUUUGUAGGUGCUUUCCCAGCCGAUGGAAUUGAAUUCAAAGCGAUGGACGAUGAUAUGAGUAGACUUGUUCUCAACGACAGAUCUGUUACAUUAGAACGUGAGACUUCCAAUGCCUUAGGACAAGGUUGGAGAUUAGGAUUUUUGGGAUCGUUGCAUGCAUCUGUUUUUCGUGAACGAUUAGAGAAAGAAUACGGCUCUAAAUUGAUCAUAACGCAGCCCACUGUUCCUUAUUUAGUGGAGUUCACUGAUGGUACGAAAAAACUUGUAACCAAUCCUGAUGAGUUUCCAGAUGGUGCAACAAAAAGAGUAAACGUGGUUGCCUUUCACGAACCAUUCAUAGAGGCAAUUAUGACAUUGCCCCAGGAAUACUUGGGUAACGUUAUACGUUUAUGUGACAGCAACCGAGGUGAACAAAUUGAUAUAACUUAUUUACACACAAAUGGACAGGUGAUGUUAAAAUACUACCUUCCACUAUCGCACCUGGUUGACGACUUUUUUGGGAAAUUAAAAUCUGUGUCUAGGGGAUUUGCCUCCUUAGAUUAUGAAGAUGCUGGAUAUAGAACUUCUAAUGUCGUAAAACUGCAGCUCUUAGUUAAUGGAAAUGCUAUUGACGCUUUAUCCAGGGUACUGCAUAAAUCAGAAGUAGAGAAAGUCGGUAGAGAAUGGGUGAAAAAAUUCAAAGAGUAUGUCAAAUCGCAAUUGUAUGAGGUCGUUAUCCAAGCCAGAGCCAACAAUAAGAUAAUAGCUAGAGAAACGAUAAAGGCGAGAAGGAAAGAUGUUCUUCAAAAGUUGCAUGCUUCCGAUGUUUCACGAAGAAAGAAACUUUUAUCAAAACAAAAAGAGGGUAAAAAACACAUGAAAACCAUAGGUAACAUUCAAAUCAACCAGGAGGCAUACCAGGCAUUUCUACGCCGUUAA